GCAGUAAUAUAGCAGUCAACGCGCAAGAAUCUCGAUUUUCGCGGGGUAGAACAGAAAAAGUGUUUAAAUAUAACUUUGUUUCUUCAGUGUUUUUCGCGUCGAGAUAUUUUUUUAAGUGUAACGAAUAAAAAUGGCAGAUGCUUCGAAGGGUCGUGGUCGAGGCCUCUCUUUAAUCCAGGCUUUAAGAGCUCAAAGAUCUGAGACACCUGGCCAGGAUGUACCACAUAAGAGUCCAGGUUCUAGUGAACCUUCUACAGUUGUUUCAAGUAUGGCUCCCAGUUAUGCACCAAGUGAAGUAUCAAGUGAAACACCAAGUGCUGUGAGUUCAGUAGCACCAUCAUCAGUUGGAGGUAGGGGUAAAAUUGCGGCGAUGUUGAAUAAAAUGCAUCAAAAGCCUGGGGGUUCUAGUGCAUCUGGACCAAUAUUAUGUCCAGCAUCUGAUGUAAGGCCUACACCAGGUCCUGGGCCAGGCCUUGGUAGAGGCAUUAAACUUUUGCAGCACUUGAAGGCAACUCAAGCUUCAUCAUCAGUAGUGGGCAGUGGCGACAGCACAGUAGCCUCAGUUAAGUCAAUCACUGACCAAAUGGCAGCCAGUACAAUAGCCUCAAGUGCUCCAUCUUCGAUUGGGAAAAAUAAAUAUUUCAGGGAAGUCAAAGAUACACCACCAGUUGUGAAAAAGGGUGAGUCAGGUGUGCCGUGUGAAGUGACUGCUAAUUUCAUAUACCUCAAGUUUGAAGAAAACAAUGUGUUUGAAUAUGAAGUGCAAUAUGAGCCUGAUCAGGAUCACAAACAUCUGCGGUUUAAACUACUUGGAGAACAUCGUCAUUUAUUCAAAGAAAAGACAUUUGAUGGGACCACUUUGUAUGUACCACACAGACUGCCGAGUGAUGUGAUGCAGUUAGAGUCUACAAAUCCAUAUGAUAACAGCAAAGUAAAUUUGACCAUAAUGUUUCGCCGUACACGUCGGCUUAGUGAAAUGAUACACAUAUACAAUCUACUCUUCAAGCACAUAAUGUACGAUUUAGAGUUGGUGCGGUUUGGAAGACAGCAUUUCAACCAACACGCCGCUAUACAAAUUCCACAGUACAAGUUGGAAGUUUGGCCAGGAUAUGUAACGGCAGUAGAUGAAUAUGAAGGUGGUCUGAUGCUGACGUUGGAUUCUACGUCCCGUGUGUUGAGGACACAAUCUGUGCUCUCUCUAAUAAAGGAGACGGCUCAGCAGGAGGGAGCUAAUUGGAAACGGGCUCUAUCUGAGAAACUCAUCAGCUGUUCAGUUAUGACUACAUAUAAUAAUAAAUUGUUCCGCGUGGACAGUAUUGAUGAUACAAUGACACCAAAAUCAACAUUUGAAAAGAAGGAAAAAGGUGAAACAAUACAGAUUUCAUACAUCGACUACUAUAAGAAGAAUUACGGCAUUGAUAUAAUGGAUUGGGACCAGCCGAUGCUUAUAUCAAAGGAGUCAAAACGCGUGCCAGGUUCAGAAAAACCAAUAGACUACAUGAUAUGCCUGGUACCAGAACUGUGUCAGCUCACAGGCUUAACUGAUGACCAAAGGAGUAACUUUAAACUGAUGAAGGAUGUAGCUACUUAUACGCGCAUCACGCCUAAUCAGCGAUAUGCCGCUUUUAAAAAGUAUAUAAGCAAUGUGCUCAACAAUGAGACGGCCAGGAACCGGCUUAAAGGCUGGGGACUAAGUCUAGCACCGGAGACCAUAGACAUAGUAGCAAGAACCCUCCCACCGGAGACGCUAUACUUUGGCAAUAAUGUUAAAGUACCGGGAAAGCCGAAUGCAGAAUGGAACGCAGAAGUUACCAGAAACCCUGUCAUGCAAGCCGUUGACAUCAUGAGUUGGGCUGUUUUGUAUACGGAUAGAGAUAAAAAUGUUACUAUGAACUUCGUAGACACAGUGAAACGCAACUGCACCCCAAUGGGUAUACGAGUAGCGGACCCGAACUUGGUGAGGCUACCCAACGACCGCACUGAUGCCUAUGUGAUGAGCUUGAAGAAGACCAUAACGUCCCAGCUGCAGCUGGUUGUGGCGAUAUGUCCAACGAGUCGAGAUGAUAGAUAUGCGGCCAUCAAGAAGAUAUGCUGUGCUGAUAACCCGGUAGCUUCUCAGGUGAUAAACGCACGCACAAUAAUGAACAGCCAAAAGAUCCGCGCCAUCACGCAGAAGAUCCUAUUGCAAAUUAACUGCAAGUUGGGCGGCACUUUGUGGAGUAUCAGUAUACCCUUCAAGAGCGCGAUGGUUAUCGGUAUUGAUUCGUACCACGAUCCCGCGAGAAAAAGGCGGAGUGUUUGUUCAUUUGUAGCGUCUUACAACCAGUCUAUGACCCACUGGUAUUCAAGAGCAGUGUUUCAAGAGAGAGGUCAAGAAAUAGUGGAUAAACUCAAGGCUUGCUUGGUCGACUCGCUGAAACAUUUCUUGAGAGUCAAUGGCCGCUUGCCAGAGAGGAUUAUAAUGUAUAGGUAA